UGCCACACGCUAUGACAGCGACAACGUCGCACCCUUAAACGCACACGUCGGUAAUUUGAAUGCGUCGAUAAGAAAAGAGAGGAGAAAAAAAGCACUCGCCGUGACGUGCGUGAGAGUUUAGAAGUUUCCAACGUUUGAUUUAGAGUAGACAAACUAAAUCUGUGGAGCUCCUUCCAGCUGUUGCUUUGUGAGCCAGAGACAAUCAUGAUCCUCCUGAAUCCCUCCUCUGAUGAAGAGUCUCUUGAACUCGCCUGGCUUUGGAAUCACAGGAAGUUCAGGGUGAAAGACAUUUGAAAGACAUUUGAAAACUAUUUAAAUUUUGCAGGUCAUCAUCUGUGCAUACUGUCUUGGACAGCACUAUGACUUGAGAGAAAAUGAUAAGCUUAGAAUGGCUUAGAAUAAGCAAAAUUUUAUUUGUCUUGAUACAAAAAAAAAAAAGAAGGGUUCAUGGGGCGGUUGACUGGAGUGAGACGGUGUCAGCAGUCAUUCCAUCUUGCUGAGACAGGGGGGGAAUCUAUCUUUUACAUUUUGCUUUAUCUCAAAACACACCACGUUAUAAUGACAGCUUUAUUAAUAGCUUUAAGUAAAGAUGCAGUGCUGACCAAAUCAAGUAGAUGAGCUUGUCUUGAUUUAGUCUGCUCACGUAAUCCUCAUACAAAGCUGCCAGCUCUUCCAAACAGAGCAUGACAUAAAACGGAGGCAACCUGAGAAAAAUGAUUACCACGAUAUAACCUUAUGCAGUUAUGCAAGAAAAGCAGGUGAAGAUGUAGAUUUAUCUGCAUUAAAGCCUGGGCUGCAGUAGUAAUAAUAGAUGUGAACAGUUAGCUACUUAGGGAGUGCUGCUGCCAUGUCCUUGUUUCAGGUCACUUUAUUCGGUUAACAGUUAACAGGCUAAUAAUUGAUCUCACGUCUGGUAUGUGUCAAUGUAGUAGGUCCGACUCACCCUCACUGUAGCCAGUGGUGUAUGUGGUAGUCUCCUCUAUGUUCAUAGCUUGUCCCCCACACCAGCAUUUGUGUGUACUUGACCCCUGAUAUGCUCACAUUUGAGUGCUAACACUUCACAUGCCUCCUGUUCUGAUGUCGAGUAUUUUUGAUCAUUUAUUUAUAUAUUUAUAUAUAUAUAUAUAUAUCUUUAAUUCCCAAGUGUUACCUGUUGAUAUUGAUAUUGCAUGUCACUGUGGCUGUGUUAAAUGGUGUGUAAUGUGAUCACUGCAUAGAAAUAACUGAUGAUGUUAGAAAUAGAUAAUGAGGCCCUCACUAAUGUUGCAUGAUAUAGGCUGCGCACCCCUGACUGAAUGAAUGUAUGGUAACAACAAAUGCAUUUUAGUGAUCUGAAAAAGGAUGAAUGAACCGUAAGGUUGGUCUCGGUCCAUAAAACACGCAUCUUGGUAAGUGAUAUUUCUUUUACAUAAGAUGAGGGAAGAUGUUUUGGCGUAUUAUUUUUCUUUAAAUACAGUAAUAAAUAAAUAAAAAACACAAUAUAUGAUACAUAUGGUGGAUGUGGAUGUGUAUAAAUAAUGACUGGUGAUAAUAAAUAUUUCAAACGAAUUUCACACGCCAACUUAAGCUUGAACCAAAGUGAGAUGCAAUGAGAAGGCAAAAUCCAAUACAGAGACAUGCAUGAAAAGGUCGGCCGGUGAGGUCACCCUAUCACAGUAGGAGUUUAGGUUUAUCCUGUAACCACAGCAGAGGUUAUUUAACAAACAUAGACUGCAUACUACUAACUGCAGCUGUUGCUUGGUCCCAGGUUUCUUCCAGUGUACCAACAAGCUCCUUCUGAGUGAUCAGGCCACCGGGCUUCAGAUCAAGGAGUUUGCACGUAAAAAUGCUGCCAACGCUCUGUCGGUGGCAAACAUGGUCAUGGGCAUGGCCUCCAUUCUCAGCAGUUUGAACGGGCACCAUCAUGCUGCAUGCUGGCUGGUCCUGAUUGGCUAUCUCCUGGAUUUGGCAGAUGGAGCAGUUGCCAGGCGACUGGGUGCCUGCUCUGCACUGGGGGCAAAACUUGACGACUUUGCUGACUUCACCACCUUCGGGAUUGCGACAUCGUUGCUUCUGAGGACGUCUGACCUGCUGGACAACAUCCUGUGCAUGUGUUACGUCCUGUCAGUUUUUGUCCGCCUUUGUUUCUUCUCUAGUGGGAUCCCGUUCAUGUACCGUGGCCUGCCCUGCAUUUACUCGUCUGCCAUCCUGGCCAGCGCCUCGUUGUUGUCAGGGGGAAACUUGGCCAUGCUGCGUAUCAUCGCAGUGGCCAUGAUCCUUUUCAUGAUCAGUCAGAACUUCUACCCUCACGACAGAGUGCUGGAGUCCCAGGCCUGGAAGAAAGUAGUCUACGCUGGAGGAGUCAUUAUGCUGUUCUGCUCUUCCUUCCCCCCUGCGUGCGUGUACUAUCUGCUGUGGUCGGUCUCCUACAUUUUGUUCCCGACAUCUCUCUGGAGCAGUAAAGUGUAACAGGUGUGCUGGCCCUUCCCAAUACACCGAAAUACGUUUACCUCUGGCCCACUUGGGUGUACUGAGGCCUCCAGACUGCCGCUGCUCCCCACCUGCAUAGAGCAUCCAAGCUAGACAUGCUCAUGCAUCACUGGCAAACACUCGCUCUGUUUAACCUUUAUUUUGAUGUGACGCCUUUGAGAGAGAACCCACACUGAAGAGAGUUAGAGUAAGCGAUUAGGAGGACGAUUUUAAUGUUACUGCUGGGGAUUAACAUCCAUGCUGUCUUCUGUCUUUGUUGCACUUUCACUGAAUCCAGGAGGUUGUCGGGCUUGUUCUAAAAACUGAAUUUUCAUCAGGUUACUCGUGUUUUUAAUCUCCCUUCUUCCUCAGUAUUAACCCGACCUUUGGUCAGUGUUGGGAGCACAUGGAAGCGUCUUUUCACAGGAUAAUAUAAGAAAUCGUUUAAAAUCAUAUUGUUUUCCCAUUUCUGGAGUUCAGGCCAAGAUUCCUAAAAGUUGUCUUUAUUCAUAAAAUAGGGGUCUUACAUCCACGUCACAGAGGAGACUUAUUAACACGCUGAUUAUGUAGUUCAUCUCAUUUGAUUCGCUGUUUGAACACGUUUUUAAUUCAUUUGAAGCUGACCACAGUCCUGUUUUAUCUGGUGUCCCAAGACUUUUGGCUUCGUUUCCAAAAAAUGUUUGACUUCCAUAUUUUCUUAUAUGUGUGAUUGUAUGCGGUACCUCUGUUUUAAGAGGCAUUAUGGAGUAAACUGGGAGGAAAUCCACACUGGAUCACCAACGCAUCUCAUGGUACUCCAGAGACCACGGUGAUUUCUGUCACUUGCCAGACCAUCUGCUCUAACAUCAGUUUAAGAAUUGUUAUGAGAGGAAAUUGCAACCCAUUAACGUCUCUACUGCAGGAGUUUUCUGCCUCAUGGGAUUUGCUGCCUAUUUACCAAAAGGAAGGAUGAGGGAUGCACGUGCUGCUUAGCCUGCCAUCUAGUGGUGGCAUGACUUUGCAGCUAGUCAUGGCUAUGAUCACAAGCACAGUGCUACAGAAACUUACAGUGGCUGAUGGAGAAAAGGUGUUUUGUCAUUCUUUAACUCGGCUAGUGUUAUUAUUUUUUAUGUACAGCAGUUCUUUACAGCAGGGGCCUGCCUUUGGCAUCACUCAUUGUGUUUCAAAAUGAGCGUGUGCGGCUCUUUGCAUUGUGAGUGACAAAUGGGGAGAAUAUAUCAUUUUAUUCUGAUUUAUUUCAAAACAUGAAUAUAACUGCACGGAGAAACAGGCAAACGCGUCUGUUCUCUGCCUUUAAAGCUACUGACAUACUUUUAUUUAAAUUCAGAUUUUGUUUGAAUUCUGAUUCACCUCUUGAAAACCAGUUUGUACUCAGAGGUGUAUAAAAUCAUGUUUGAAUUCAGUGAUUCUGAUGAUUUUACAAGUCACGGCUUUAUCAAUUUAUGACCUGAGUCUGCCUCACAGGGCUCUUUUAGGAUGUUGGUCAUGUCUUUAUUCAAGAAAAAAAAAGUCCUCUGUUUCAGUACUGAUUCAAAGCCACUGUGGUUCUCAACACGGUUGAUAAUAAGAUAAUAACCAAAAAAGUAGUAGAAGUGCAGACUGAACACAUAUCUACUCUGGUGCAUUCAGUAGUGCAUUCGACUUUCCUGUGUAGCUGUUUUGGAUUUCAAACUGUAAAGCCUCAGUGAUGUAUGCAUGCCAAGACCAUUGUAAAUACAAAAACUAUACUAUACUCCAAUGAUGAAAAAAAAGGGAAAGCGCUUCAUGAGUAAUACGAUCUGUGGUUUUAAAUUUGUACAUUUUGACAAUAAAGAGGCAAUAAUAGGA